AUGUUUUAUUAUGGUCUGGCUUUCACCAUUGUUGCAUUCUUUGCAGUGCUGAAAUGGAACAGCAUAAGGUACUCAAGAAAAGGAAUGCCUCCAGGCUCAUUGGGAUGGCCUUUGGUUGGGGAGACUGUCAAAUUUCUCACACAAGGACCAGAUUUCAUGAAAGGAGGCACAUUAAGAUAUGGAAGUCUCUUCAAAACUCAUGCAUUGGGAUCUCCUACUGUUAUUAGCACGGAUCCUGAAAUCAACAGAUACAUACUCAUGAAUGAAGCAAAAGGGUUGGUUCCUGGCUACCCGGACUCCAUGAGGAAGAUCCUAGGGACUAACAUUUCUGAGGUUCAUGGUGCAGAACACAAACGAAUUAGAGGCUCACUGUUAUCUCUCAUUGGUCCAAUCGCAGUUAAGGAUCGUCUUUUGACAGAAGUUGAUGACUUCAUGAGCUCUUACCUUGACAAUUGGGAUGGUAAAAUAGUUGAUAUUCAAGAAAAAACUGUUGAGAUGUCAUUCUUUGUUUCCAUGAAAGCUGUGGUGGAAGAUGAGCCAAACUCUUUCAUCCAGUACUUCAAAGCCUCAUUUGAUAAAAUGGCAUUGGGAACAAUAUCCUUGCCAUUUAAAAUUCCAGGAACUCAAUAUUAUCGAGGUUUGAAGGCUAGGGAAAAAGUGCUUAAAAUGCUAAGAGAGCUGAUAGCCAAGAGAAGAGCUUCUUCAGCUACUCAUAACGAUAUUCUUGAUCAACUUGUGAGAAAUGAGGAUGGUAAGUACAAGCUAAAUGACGAAGAAAUAAUGGAGCAAAUCACCACAAUUUUAUACUCAGGCUAUGAAACGGUAUCAACUACUACAAUGAUGGCUAUCAAAUACCUAUGUGAUAACCCUGACAUUCUACAGGCAGUAAGGGAUGAGCAUUUUGCAAUCUUGCAGAAGAAACUGCAUGGAGAACGGAUCAACUGGGAUGACUACAAGAGCAUGAGCCAAACUCGUGCGGUUAUACUUGAGACAAUGAGAUUGGCUAGUGUUGUUGCUGGAGUGAUGAGGAGGACUACUAAAGAUAUAGAAUUGAAUGGUUAUAUGAUUCCCAAGGGAUGGAGGCUUUAUGUUUACACAAGGGAUGGUAACUUUGAUCCCAUUCUCUAUGAAGAACCUUUUACUUUUAAUCCAAGGAGAUGGCUGGAGAAAGGGUUGGAGACUCAUAGUCACAACAUGCUAUUUGGAGCAGGAGGCAGGGUUUGUCCUGGGAAGGAAUGGGGCAUGUUCAAAAUCAGUAUUUUUAUUCACUAUCUUGUCACUAGAUACAGAUGGGAAGAAGUUGAGGGAAGCAAAUCACUUACGAAAUUUCCAAGAGUGGUGGCACCACAAGGACUACACAUGAAGAUCAAAAAAUACUAAGAUAAUCCU